AUGGUAAUUGGAGGUCUAGUUCGUCCAUAUGUUUGGAAGUCCAUUGGCAACGGUACUCAGACUAAUGUUUGGAGUGACAACGGGUGUUCAUGCAGUCCUAUUCGAAAUUUCAUUACUCCAAGGAUGAUAGCUCAUGAAGGGUUUACUUUGAAGACCACAGUUGCGGAACUCAUAGAUGGUAAUGGUAAUUGGAGAUGGCCGCAGGCAUGGUUGGAUUUAUUCCCGGUUCUAAUAAAUGUUUCAGUCCCUGUGAUCGCUCAGGAUGUGGAGGAUAGGUUUGGAUGGAAAAGUUUUGAUGGAAAAAUCGGUUAUUUUUCCUCUUGGGAUGCAUGGAAUAAUUUGCGGGUUAGGGAAAACAAGGUGGCAUGGGUAAACAUGGUGUGGUAUGGCCAAUGUAUACCAAGACACUCGUUUCAUCUUUGGUUGGUAAUAACAAACAAGCUGAAAACUCAAGAUAGAUUGGCGGUGUGGGAAGCGGGUAGUGAGACCAACUUAAUUCUUAUGUGUUGUCCCCUAUGUAAGUAUGGUCGAGACUCUAAAGAUCACCUCUUUUUUAAAUGCUCUUUUUCGGCUAAGGUCUGGAGCAUAGUUAAGAAAAAGGUCGAUAUGGGGAAUGUAAAUGAUUCGUGGAGUUCUAUAAUGACAUGGAUAGAUCAGCAUGCGAGCUCAAAGAGGCUGGAACAUAUCAUUUGCAAGCUGGUUGUAGCGGCAUCUACUUACUUCAUAUGGCAAGAACGGAAUAAUCGGCUGUUUUCACACUUGCAAAGGAGGGAAGAGACGGUAGCAAAACUGAUUCUUGAUAUGGUGCGGCUUCGGAUAAUGGGUUUCAAGGUCGGCGGAGAUAUAAACCAGAGAAAGCUCUUGGAAAGAUGGGAACUCAUGGAAGACGACCCCGGUUAA